AUGGAAACCCCUACAUCCAGCCGUAAACCAUGGAGGAAGAAUCUGUACGAAAACGCCGACUACGAGGACAACUAUACCGAUCCCUCCUUUCUGAAAGACAUGCAAACAAAUGUGAACCUGAAAACCUACACCCUCAUGGAAGCAUUCACUGGUGCAACUAGACUGAGCCAACAGAUCUCUGUCGUCACAGCUUUUCUGGUCAUUUUCCAGCAUCUGUACACGGAGCGAAUCGGUGCGAAUGCCAUAUUCUUCCAAUCUGCUGUCGGCACCAUACUUGGGUACUUUAUCUACGCGGGAAGGGAUGUACAGCUGACAAAAUUCGUCGAGGAUUCCAAAACAGCGGUUGCGGUAGUGAUGUUCGGAUUUAUCUGUUCCCCACUGUUGCACACACUCACGAACAGCAUUAGCACCGAUACGAUAUUUUCGAUGACAUUUUUCGUGCUGAUCCUGCAUCUCGUCUUCUUCGAUUAUGGUAUUUCGGCGGCUCUAGUUUCCAAAGCGAUAUCGCUCAACGCAGCUAUUUUCGGUUCCAUAUGCCUAGCCUCUCGGCUGUCUUCGUCGCUGCAUGCUUUCGUACUGCUGGAAGUUGCCGCAGUGUUCUUUGCACUGGGCCCAUUUCUCGUACGUAAACUGUACAGCAUUGAACUGCUCGUCAUUUCCAUUGCCGUGUGCAGCUAUUUCCUCUAUUCCAUAUCGCACAUUAUUCUGUACACGUACCUAAGUGCAUUGGCAUUUGUCAAUUUGUUCUGUCCAUGGCUUUUUGUUAGACUACAACGAUAUAAAAACAACAUCAACGGGCCAUGGGAUGAAGCAAUCGUCGCAGAAGAAUCUGCAUCCUGA